AUGCAUUCAUACAGCACGCGCACAAUUGAACAUAAUCACUUGAGGCACGGUAUCCUACUCUGGCGAUGUCCGCUACACGAUGGACGAAAGCUAAGCAAGGAUUCAACGGAGUCGCAGGGCGGAGCGUUGCGUAACUAUUUGCGCAAAUCUACUAUUACAGCUCCAAGGUUUAUUCCUCAAAUUAUGAUGGACACUGAUAACACUAUCGAUCCUCUGGACAAGAAUAAUGAUAUAGAUAAUCUCAUCAUCGCUGCCGCUGCGGCUUCUGGUGAUUCUACAAUCGAAAUCGAGGAAGCUGUCAAGCAUUUGCUUGAAACUGAACCUGAAAAAAAUUUUCCAAUAGAAACUUAUAGCAAAAAGCAGGGUUCGGAACUAGCCUACAGAGAAAUGCUAAGUGCCUUGAGUUUCAAGGGACCUGAAGAUCAUCCUGAGCGUAUAAAUUUGCUC